AAGACGAAGGUCUUGGUCGCUCCAGCGAUGAAAUCAGCCAUGAGUUUGAGAGUCUUCAUCGUCUUCAUCGCCGUCGUCUUCGGCCUCCACGGCUGCCGCGCGGCUUCAGUGUUCCUGGACCCGGCCCAGGCCCGGGCGGUUCUGGUCCGGACCCGCCGCUACAACUCGGGCUGGUUUGAGGAGCUGCAGCGCGGAGACCUGAACCGGGAAUGUGUGGAGGAGAAAUGCAGCUACGAGGAGGCCCGGGAGGUGUUCGAGCACACAGAGCUGACGGACGAGUUCUGGAAGGUUUAUUCAGUCCCGAACAGGUGCUUGUCCGAUCCGUGCCAGAACGGCGGCACCUGUCUCUCCGACGACGCCUCGUACACCUGCCUGUGUCUCCCGCAGUUCAGAGGACUGAACUGUGAGCUAGAGCACCGGGCCGAGUCCGACAGCUGUCUGCUGCAGAACGGAGACUGUGAACAUUUUUGCCAGGAAGACGCGUACGGCCGGCGGCUAGCUUGCUUCUGCGCCGACGGCUACGUCCUGGACCCGGACGGGCGGAGCUGCGUCCCCGAAGGGUCGAUUGCUUGCGGCAAAGCUAGCGUCCUGGACCAGAAGAAAGACGCUAAUCUGAGAAUCGUCGGGGGAACCGUGUGUCCCAAAGGAGAAUGUCCCUGGCAGGUUCUGCUGGUGUAUAAAGGGAAGGGAUUCUGCGGAGGAGUGAUUUAUAAACCCGACUGGAUUCUGACGGCGUCUCACUGCCUGGAGAGCACCGACAAACGCUUCCUGAAGGUGGUGGCAGGCGAGCACAACAUCGCGGUGAACGAGUCCACGGAGCAGAUCAUUGCCGUAGCCGAGAUCUUCAUGCACGGCGACUACGAGACCGACACGGCGGACAACGACAUCGCGCUGCUGCGGCUGGAGACGCCCAUCGCCUACUCCCGCUACGCCGUGCCCGUGUGCCUGCCCACGCGGCCGCUAGCCGAGCGCGAGCUGUGGGCGGUUAGCCUGCACACGGUUAGCGGCUGGGGCCGGCGCAGCGAGAACGGGCCCACGUCCAACCUGCUGCGGCGCACUAGCGUGCCGCGCAUGCGCACGCAGACCUGCGCCGAGGAGAGCGGCGUGGUGCUAACGCGGAACAUGUUCUGCGCCGGCUACCUGGACGGACGCACCGACUCGUGCAAGGGCGAUAGCGGCGGACCGCUAGUCACGCAGUACAAGAGCACGACGUUCCUGCUGGGCAUCGUCAGCUGGGGGAAGGGCUGCUCCCGACCCGGGAACUACGGCAUCUACACCCGCGUGUCUAACUACCUGGACUGGAUACACAACCACACGGCUAGCCCGCUAUAGCUACACCUGACCACCUGAGGGCGCUAGCACCUGCUGGGAAUGGAAAUACCAGCCCAGAGAAACCACCAUUAAACUUUCUUUUAUUCCUGUCAAAGGUUUACGGAAGAGUACCACGGCCGUGCAGGAGAAAAAAUAUUUGAGAGGAUUUCUUUCAUUAUGCACUUCGAGAAAAAAGUCGAAAUGUCAAGAAAAAAGUCGAAAUGUCGAGAUUAAUGUUGAAAUACAGUUUUGAGAAAAAAGUCGAACUUGUUUAUGUGUAGUUUAGGCAUCAGAAUUUAUCCGUGUUGUUUCCUUAUCUUUUAACACUUGUGUAAAUAAAUUCUGAUUAAUUUGAAUGAGACAA